AUGAUGAUGAUUCAAUCUCCUCGUUCAGUGGAUCCUCCUCCUCCCAUCGAUUCUUCUCACUCGUCGUCGUCUUCUCUCCAUAGCCUCGAGUUAAGCGUUUCCCUCGUCUUAGUCACCCUCCUCGUCACUCUCUUCAUCACUAUUUUCAUCUACUUUCUCAUCCGACGUCUCCGCCGAGUCUCCCCUGUUCUCGAUUCUUCGGCAGCUCGCGAUUGCUCCAUCUGUUUGUCGCCGUUCGAGCCAGAGGACAAGGUACGACACCUCCCGCUCUGUUCUCACAGUUUCCACGAGGAUUGCAUCAGCGUCUCGAACCAGACAUGUCCUCUCUGCCGCUCUCCUCUCUCUGCCUCCGAAGACGCGGCUACAGCUACGACAGCGAGUUUGGCGGAAAAUGUAGGUCACGAUAGUUCCAGGAGCUGGCUGAGGGAUCUCUCACGUGGUAUAUCAUCGCGUGCACUCUCCUUUAGAGGCUCCUCGAGUAGAUUUUUCACUGGUAGUAGUCGUCGGGCGGUGGUGGAGGAUUAG